CGAAAUCGCGAUGCUCAAGAUAACGUACAACGUUCAGACUGACGUCUUCCAACUAAAUCUCUGUGCUGAUUUCUUGAGUGAAAACCGUGCUAUCUGCUUUCUGAAAUUAAACACUGUGGUCGCCGCGUCGGUUAGAAAGUAACCAUGCUUAAUACCCCUUAUAAAUAUAAUAAAUUAUUCUAAUGGUUCAGUGAGUGAUUGUGUUUUGUUUUGUUAAACUGUGGUUCGUUUGGGAUUUGCGUGCCGAAGUUAUUUUUUUCUGUUAAGGUAUUAAUCGACGUAUGGCGGGGCGGCAACAUGUCGAGCGUGACGGGAGCGAGCAUGUUGCGCACGCGCAGGAAAGAUGUCAACGUCAAACCGAACCGGAAGUUGGAUCGGAAGUCGUCGCGGGGUAUGCUAUACGAGAACGAGGAGCUGCGCCUGCGCACCAUCAACAUAAACGCCGAAGUUGAAAGAGGUCAGUCAGAUAUAAAGAAGCUGAAGCGAGAGAACGAACAACUGAAACGGGAAAUAUCAGCGCUUCGCUACGAAUAUGAUAGACUGGACAGAAUGCUGCGGGAACGUCGCUCAUCACCGGAACAUUCGGACCAGUCACAAGCCGACCCUUAUGAAUCAGAAUACCCAGAUUAUCCACCUGAUAAUAUCGAGCCAGCUGAGCAUAGUGACAGCGCGUCAGUGUGCAGCGCGUGUCCGGAGUGCGCAAGCGCAGACGGUUCUGUUCGAGCUGUUGCCUUUCAUGAUCUGAGCGUCGUACCAGAGGAGGGGGAGCAAGAAAACAAGAGUGGUGCCGCAACGCCAUGCACUUGCGAUGAGUGCCAAAAAGAUGCUAAACGAGAUGAAGAGAAUAAAAAAACAAAUAAGAAAGAAACAAUUUUAGCUAAAGAAACAAAGCAAUCCCUACUCAAUGUGCCAACGCAACCAAAUACGACAAACAAUAGCUCUGAUCGAACUGUCGACGUACUUGUACACGAUGCUCCGAAUAUGCCAAGAUUUUUCCAGUCUGUGACAUCAACGCCUUUUCACGUGACUGGACCACCUCCUCCGGGAUUUGUAAUAGCUCCCUACCAACCUCCUCGUUUCCAUACAGGCGGCAAUGUAGAAGAUUUAUUGGGAGAUGUCCAAUCUGCUACUACAAUACAAACUACAUACAUUCAACAAAACUCCAUAUUCAUGUGCAACACGCGUAACAUUGUUCAAAAUAAAUGCUGUUGUCAGAAUCGCGAUUCGAACGCAAAGACUGAAGUUUGUCAAGAACAAACGCCAAAAUGUUACGUUACAGAAAAGAAUAUUGAAUUAACCUAUGAUUAUCCUAGAACGACACCCAUUCCAAGUAGUCCUAGCCAAAAAUCUGGAGAUGAAAUAAAAUCAACCACAACGGAAGUGGCAAGCACAGUUGUUUUCGUCGAAAAGAAGAUGCCAGUAAAGCCGAAGAAAUUCGAUUUCUUUUUUAGAUCGCGUUCUGCACCAGUCGGAGAAAAUGAAGAACCAAUAUAUGCAACAGUUAAUAAACUGCCAAAAAAGUUAAGAAGAAUGGAACUGGCAAAUCUUGAAAAGGAGGUGGCAUAUAAAACAAGUGAAAUAGAAUCAUCCACACGGACGGAGAUCACUCUGAAAACUGAUUCAGAGUCGCAAGUCCCACCUCCAGAUGACGACACUAGCCGAUCAGAACGAGAAAAGUCUACGAUACCACAAAGACAAGAGUCACCAAAGGCUAAAAAACGAAAGCGAUUUUCACUAACAUUCAAAAAACGAGAAAGAAAAAGACGUGAGAAGAAAGCAGAAGUCAAAAACGGAGUGAAGAAUGGUGUACCAGUUCAAGUAGAGAGUGAUAAUGAAAGGCUGAUAGAGGAACAGGAUCCCAAGCACAAGCACUGCACAAGGCAUCGACCGAUGCCGCGUAGCGCCAUGUCGUCUUCGAACUAUAGCCCGCGUUAUAAGCGGGAUAGCUAUCAGGAGAUGACAACAUCACAUUCAGAGCACGAACGCACUAACAGCAUGUGCUCGUCUGUGAACUCACUGGGAUCAGCGUGCACACACAAAUCGAGGAAACUAUCAGUAGCGCCUCAAGACGGCUCCAUACCUUGGUGCGGUUGCUGGGGAGCUGGUUGUGUUUAACCGUGAACUGGGAACAAAGAUUUUGAUACCGCGUGAAUUAAAAACAUUUUCUGUGAAAAAGUGAAGUUUGUCGAACGAAACUUUACCUGUGCUUGUACAACACACAUUUUAUAGAUACAAAGAUUUUUUAAAAGUAAAUAGAAUGGUAUAGAAUUCUAGUUAUAAACGGUUUUGUAUUUCCACCAAAUGUUUAAUAGUAUUUCACAUAUGCAUACAUUUCGAAGCGAUUAUAAAGAUUUUGAAAAAGUUGUCACUUGUCAAUGUUAAAA